GCGGCCGGGCGGCGCGCGGCGGGCCGGCCAUGGCGGCGCAGUUCCGCAGCUACGUGUGGGACCCCGCGCUGAUCGUGGCGCAGAUGGUGCUGCUGCAGGCGGGCUACUACAGCUCGCUCGGGCUCUGGCUCGCCCUCCUCGGCACCCUGGGCAGCACCGGGCCCUCCCUCCAGCAGGUCUUCAGCGACGAGAUUUUAGGCUUCUCAACCCCGCCGGGGAGGCUCUCCAUGAUGGCUUUCAUCCUCAAUGCACUCACCUGCGCCCUGGCCUUGCUGUACUUCAUCCGCCGCGGGAAGCAGUGCCUGGAUUUCACGGUCACGGUGCACUUCUUCCACCUCCUGGGCUGCUGGAUCUACAACUCGCGCUUCCCGUCGACGCUGACGUGGUGGCUGGUGCACGUGGUGUGCACGGCGCUGAUGGCGGCCAUCGGGGAGUACCUGUGCAUGCGGAUAGAGCUGCGGGAGAUCCCCCUCAACUCCGCCCCCAAGUCCAACGUAUAGACUCGCCCUGGCGACAGACACGCUGCGUUAGCGCCGUUGUCUGCAGCACAAGUGCAUCCGACAUGCCUCAGAAUCGUCCCUGAAGAAGCACAGCAGGUCUGUUGAGACUUUGUUAUUAAUUUUCUUUUUUUUCCCCCGGACCUCGGUGGCUGCAUGAGUGUGAGCAUCUCCUCUGGCAUCAGCUGGCAGCGGGGGAGGAGUAGAUGUUUAUUUUGUUAACACGAAGCAUUAAUGUGACUGUAUGGAGAGUGUGCCCUUAAACUCUUCGCUCAAGAGACUGUUAAAAGCCAGGUAGCAAAACUUGGUGCGUGAGGAGCAUUUGGAAUCUAACGAUGUGGGAGUGCCCUGUGUGGGGAACACGAUGGUCAGCUCUUCUUGCGGGAGCUGGCACGGUGAGCAGUGGGGCUGGGAGCUGCUGCUUCCAAUCUGUGACUGAUUUGGGCUUUGGAUGGGAAAGGAGUCAAAGAAGUGAAUGGAUGGGGAAAAGGAAAAUAGUUGUACUUACCUGAAUCACCAGCUGAGUCACUAAAUAACCUAUAACGUUAGAUGGGUUUGUUUGCUGUUUCCAUGUUUGAUACAUAGAGGUGACAGACGGCAGUUUGCUGAGGAAACCUUUUGUAAUAAUAAAAACAUUAUGUUGCUGUGAGUGUGUUAUGGCUCUCCUGGGAAGCUGAGCCCUUCAAGGAGUACCACGAGUGUCUGUAUCAUGGCAACAGAAGGAUGCAGCCAGAGAACACCUGGCUGUGAGAUGCCCGCUGUCUGGGGCACAUAACAUUUCCUACAAUAAACAUUGCAUACCUCUGCUCUGAAA